AUGAUACCGAUAGGCGUCUUCGUAUACUCCCCUGUGGGAGCCACCACCCCGCUGAGGGACGAGGACUCUAUUUGGAAUCGCCGCAAGAAAACCGCUAAGAAUCCACCUUUGAAGCAGCCCGCGAAGGAGCAGCAGCGUCUUCCCAGUGCUGACAGGGCGCAACAUCACCGUUUCGCUGCAAUCUCCCUUGCCCGCGUCUGUCGUCGCAUCUACUCACCGGACGGUCGCCGUGUCUCUCUUGGUUACUCGCCAGCUUCUAACGUCAAUCCUCCGUCUUCGUCAUCCCGGCCAAAGCACGUUCCCAUUGUCGUUCCACACUAUGCCCCGAGCGUAGCACCCAAUAGCGCGUGCUAUUCUACCGACUCCAACCCGUCGAAGUCUUCAGCAGACGCCAGCACCUACCGCUCAAGUCUCACUAGAUAUUCUCCCAGCAUCGCAGACCUCCCCUUGCCUAGCCGGAACGUGUCUGCAAACUCAACCACUGCCAAGUCCAGGCAUGUUGAGAUUUUGAUACCAAAUUGGGCCGCACCUAUCCAAAACCAAUCAGCUUUGCCGCUCACCUCCGAGAGUGGUGGAACACUAGUUCUUUCUUCCCCUCUUGCUUCGUCAAAACACGCUACUGCCGUCAUGGCUCGUCAGACGCCAAAUUCGAGCAGGACGAAUACUAUAGAUUCUCAAACCGCAGCCCCUUCGCCAAAUCAGCUUGUGAAUAGCAGCCAAACCAGCUUGAACCGGCCAGAUGGUGCGGAAGCAGGUAACGAACGGCCUCCCAUGAGUGCCUCAAUUCGGACGCCAGGAUCUGGCGGCGCUUCUGGAGGCCCAUCUCCGGCCAUGUUACAAACAGCCGGUCUUUCUACGCCUUCCAACUCGACAUCAGGGCUAUCUGGGCUGGUGUGCAAUGUGCAUCGGACUACUGGCAGGGAACCUCAUCCUCUAGUUGGGGCUACGACUACUAUAUUAGGAGACAAGCUCUAUGUUUUUGGCGGGAGGAGACUCUCGCGGACACGGCCGCAGCUUACCGCGGAUCUGUACGAGCUUGACCUCGUCAGGAGGCAUUGGACCAAACUUGACACUAAAGGCGAUAUACCUCCGCCGCGAUAUUUCCACAGCGUCUGUGCUUUGGGCGACACAAAACUAGUCUGCUACGGAGGAAUGUCUCCAGCCGCUCCGCAAACCGCUCAGCCAGCUCCACCUCAACAAGGAAGUGCCGCAGAUGCUCAGCCCGAGGUUGUUGUAAUGUCAGAUAUACACAUCUACGAUGUGCCUACCCGGACAUGGAUGAAUAUUGCCACUGUUGACUCACCCCAAGGACGGUACGCACAUUGCGCAACUAUCCUGCCAUCGUCGGCUGUAUUCGCAUCCGCGAGUGCUCCAAUGGCGGCCAUACAGCAUAAUCCUCCCUCUACAAAUCCCAACCAGGGCUCACUUGGGGUCCAGCUGGAUGGAAACGGUGGCGCAGAGAUGGUUGUCGUCGGCGGCCAAGAUAGCGCGAAUCACUAUAUCGAGCAAAUUAGCGUGUUCAACCUUAGGAGUCUGAAGUGGACAGCUACCAAUACCCUGGGAAGGAGCUGCGGAGCAUACAGGAGCGUUAUAGCGCCCUUGAGCACCAUGGAACCGUCGAAGAUUGGCACUGGACCAAGGAAAAGCGGUGAAGCUCAAGCCGAAGAGACAAAUUCAGAAGAUGGAACCGAAGGAGGCUCUUCCAUGCUCAUAUACUCCAACUACAACUUCCUAGAUGUAAGGCUUGAACUUCAAGUCAGACUACCCGAUGGCACACUAUCCGAAAAACCUAUGCAUGGGAAUUUCUCGCCCCCAGGCUUACGAUUUCCGAAUGGUGGGAUAAUAGACAACCAUUUUGUUGUCAGUGGAACCUUUCUGACGUCCUCCAAGCAAGAGUAUGCUCUAUGGGCAUUAGACCUUCGGUCUCUUACUUGGAGUAGAAUAGAUGCAGGCGGCAGCAUCUUCAGCCAGGGGAGCUGGAAUCGCGGCGUCUUAUGGAACCGGCGCAAUUGCUUUGUCAUUCUCGGAAAUCGCAAACGUAAUCUCGUGGAGGACUAUAAUCACCGUCGCAUCAACUUCUCCAACAUUUGUGUUGUUGAAUUAGAAGCGUUUGGUCUCUACGAUAACCCCCGCAAAUCCGCCCCUAAUUCGGCGUAUCACUCUAUCAGUUCGCCUAUACCUACACAGUAUCUGGACGGGAAGGCGGGUGGUCGGCAGCUUUUUUCAGCUGCUGCAGAAAUGGGCCAAUUGGCCUUGGGCAUCCGCGAACUCGCGGACAUGGACUUUCUAGCCAUGGGCGGUGAGCGCAUCCCAGUGAACUCGCACCUUGUCGCACGACGAUGGGGCCCUUACUUCAACCACCUUCUUCGCGAAGGCAGCAACACGCAUGAAAAUGCUGACACUGCAACCCUUCGUCCAUCGAACGCAACGCUCCCAUCCCGCAACUCCAGCAUCACCAUUACGCCCUCUGUCAAGACCAGCUACUCGAAUGCCACAACACUCACGAACAACACCGGCACAGAAAACGGUGUACCUUCAUCCUUCGAUCCACCCGAACCUCGCGCCCCCCUCCCCGCGAGCAGGCCCCGCACUCUUUACCUCCCGCACACUCAUCUAACAAUCCAAGCCCUGAUCCACUAUCUAUACACCUCUUCACUACCACCCCCGUCCUCCCAACUUUGCAGUCCACAGAUCCUCUGCUCCCUCCUACAGCUCGCCCGACCCUACCACAUUGACGGCCUCCUCGAAGCCAUAGUUGAGCGUCUACACGUCCUCCUCGAUGGCCGCAACACCGCCGCCAUUUUUAAUGCUGCGGCCAUGGCUGCCGGAGGCGGCUCAGGCGUCACAUUCGUCGGCGUUACCAACGGCGCCGGUCUAGGCCUCGACGCUCUAUCUGCAGCGUCAGCGAACUCGCUUUCACCAGAUUCAGCUGGAAAUGGUGUUGGAAGUAGUUCUGGCGACGGAGCCAGCGCCGCCGCCGCGCGCUCGCUCGAUGCUGGACUCCGUGCGCUGAGGAUCAAUACCGAUGUUAGUGGCAACGGGGCGAGGACACAGCAAGACGAUGAGGUUAGUAGUGCGAGUACUAGCACUAGUACCUCUGCCAGCGAGAUCGGUAGUGCUAGUGGUAUUGGCAGCGAGAGGGAGGUGUGGGCUGGGGAGCUGAGCGCGGUCGUGGGACUGCAAAAGAGGGGGUUGAGAGGGUUAAUGGAGGGGAGGAGAAUUAGGGAGAUGGGCCGCGGUGGUAGUGGUGGCGGUGCAAGCGGAUCAGCGGGAGCUGAUGCUGGAGAAGGGAGAGUUGGAUUGGGCAUUGCGCAGUCGUGA